AUGGCAAGCUCGGCUUCCCUGGAGACCAUGGUGCCCCCGGCCUGCCCGCGCGCUGGAGCAUCGCCGGCCACUUCCAAGACGCUGGCCUUCUCCAUCGAGCGCAUCAUGGCUAAGACGUCGGAGCCCCGUGCGCCCUUUGAGCCCCGACCCGGGGCACUGGAGGCGGACGGCGGCCAGGGCAAGAAAUUGCUCAACCUCUGCUCACCGCUGCCCUGUAUGAUCCCCCUCCAGCCCCUAGGCUACGAGGUGCCGUCCAAGACGCUGCUCAGUUACUCUGAGCUCUGGAAAAGCAGCCUCCGGGCGGGCGGCGGCGGAGGAGGAGGAGGAGGCGGCGGCGGCGGCGGCGGCGGCGGCGGGGGGGCCCCGGUGUGCGGCGCCAGCGGCUUGUGCAAAACCAACUGUGGCGUGUGCUGCAAGGCCGAGCUGGGCCUGGCGCCGUCUGCGCUACCCGCGGGCAGGGUCAUCAAGCCGCAGGUCAUCAACCAGGCAGUGGGGCUUCCGGCCAGCGGCUCGCUCUACUACUUCAACUACCUGGACUCUGCCGCGUACCCGCCGUCUGAGCUCCUGGGCGGCCACCUCUUUCCGUCCGGCCUCCUCAACGCACAGGCCCCCGCUGCCCUGGCUGCGCACCCCAAGCUCUUUUUGCUGGAGAAUGCCAAGUUGGCCGGCCUGGCCGCAGACAAGUUCCCCCAUCCGGCCCCCUAUGCCCAUAAGGAGCGCUUGCCCGCGCCGCUGGAGCAGGUGCUGAAGGAGAACUCAGCCCUGACCGCCGAGCGAGGCGGCGUCAAGGGCCACAGCAAGCUGCCUGGGGGCUCUGCGGACGGCAAGCCCAAAAACUUCACCUGCGAGGUGUGCGGCAAGGUAUUUAACGCUCACUAUAACCUCACCCGCCACAUGCCGGUCCACACCGGAGCCAGACCGUUCGUGUGCAAAGUCUGCGGCAAAGGCUUCCGCCAGGCCAGCACGCUCUGCAGACACAAAAUUAUCCACACCCAGGAAAAGCCGCAUAAAUGCAACCAGUGCGGCAAAGCCUUCAACCGCAGCUCCACGCUCAACACACACAUUCGCAUCCACGCGGGCUACAAGCCCUUCGUCUGUGAAUUUUGCGGCAAAGGCUUUCACCAAAAAGGGAACUACAAGAACCACAAGCUGACCCACAGCGGCGAGAAGCAGUACAAAUGCACCAUCUGCAACAAGGCCUUCCACCAGGUCUACAACCUGACCUUCCACAUGCACACCCACAACGACAAGAAGCCUUUCACGUGCGCCACUUGCGGCAAAGGGUUUUGCAGAAACUUUGACUUAAAGAAACACGUGCGCAAACUCCACGACAGCGGGGGUCCCACCACCCCGUGCACAAAGGACCUGACUCGGACAGUGCAGAGCUGA